AAACCGGGACGAGUUUUACGCGAGCAUGAACCGUAUCCCAUUGUUCAUGACCCAGCUCACCGACGACGCACAAGAGGACAACCCCGGACUCGAGGCCUUGAAAGCACUCGCGUAUGAGGGUGAGCCAGAUGAAGUCGCCACGAACUUCCGUCAACAAGGAAACGAAGCAUUCCGCGAAAAACGCUGGCGGGACGCGGUGGAGUUCUAUACGAAGGCCAUACAGGUCAAGUGUGGUGUGAACGAGCUCGACGAAGCAUGCUACGCCAACCGCGCCGCAUCAAAUCUGGAACUCCAAAACUACCGCAAAGUCCUCGCCGACACCUCCGCCUGCCUCAAACUCAACCCACAGAACCUCAAGGCACUCUACCGCGCCGCACGAGCCCUCCUCGCGCUCGACAAGCUGGACGAAGCCCAAGACGCACUCGACCACGCCCUCUCCCUCGACCCCUCUAACGCUUCAUUAAAGAUCUUCAAGGUCUCAUUGGAAAAGAGGAAGACAGCAGUCAAGGAAAAACAAGAAUCAGAAAACCGCAGAAAAGCAGCUGAAGAUGCAAAAAAGCAAGCAUUCGCGACCGCCGUAGCGGCGAGGAAUUAUACACUCACGACGACACCCAACCCCCCCGACAUGGCCGACGCCCAAAUCCACCUUACGGACCCAACUGACGCCGCAUCCGUUCUCAACUUCCCUACUCUUCUGUUGUAUCCGUUACAUGCACAAACUGACUUCAUCGCCGCACUCCCCGAAACAUCCACAAUCGCCGACGUGUUAGACACUGUCCUCACAACCCCAGCAGACUGGGACACAUCCCGGGAAUACACGCCCAGGGGUGUCGAAUGCUACGUACAAACCACGGGCGACAACCGUGCGGGGUUGAUGAAGGUUGGACGUAAAUUGGGGGUGUGGGAGAUUUUGGGGAGUGGGAAGGUCGAGGUGCAGGAUCAGUGUUUGAGGAUUAUGGUUGUGCCGAAGGGGAAGAGUGAAGCUUGGAUCAAGGAUUUUAAGGAGAAGGUUGGGAAGGGGCCGUAGAGUUUGCCUUAGUUGUCCUUGUGACGCGAUAAUAAAGAUAAAGAUAGAAAUAUCCAAACUGCCAUAUGCGCUAUCUGAUUACCCAACGUCGUCU